CGUGCGUGUGUGUUCGUAUGUGUGCGCGCGCGCCCGUUCUCUCCCCGCUCCCCUCGUCUCUGUCCGUCGCAGUGGGCGGGGUGAAACAUUGCGGCAUUUUAUGAAUGAAAUUACGCCAGUGGGCUCCGUCUCGCCGGGCUCUCUGAUUGGCUGCGCGAGGGGGGAAUCGACCCCCUGCGUCGUAGCUGACGUCAGAAGGGACUCACUGAAGGAGGAGAGCGCGGAGGAUCAGACUGUCACACAGAAGAGCGCGCGCAAGAAGAACCGAUCAGACCGAGGACUUUGCACUAGAGAACUUCUGGAGAUUCCACUGAGGAGAUACGGGCUUUUGCACCUAAGCGCGCUGAUCAGUCUUCCCUCCCCCGUGAUUUACCUGGAGCUCCGGUUUCAGCUCUCCCCGCGCGCCACGGUACCUGGAUGCUUGUCUGCUGAGCAUCAUCACGAUGGCCCUUAACGACUCAGAAGUGGGCUUAGAAGUGGUCCUGGAGAUCGACCCACUCCUGCAGAUCUCCCCGGCCCAAAUCACACCCAACCCACUAGCUGAAGCAGUGAUGACCCCUUGGGAUGUGGCCCUGUGUGUGUCAGGUGUCCUUAUUUGCUGCGAGAAUGCAAUCGUUGUGGUGACCAUCUUCUCUUCAUCGUCUCUGCGGGCGCCCAUGUUCCUGCUGAUUGGGAGCCUGGCUUGGGCGGACUUCCUGGCUGGAGUGGGGCUGCUGUUGCACUUCCUGUCCCGAUGGUGCUUGCCUUCGGAGGUGCUGGAGCUGGGCAGUAUGGGACUUUUAGUCAGUGCACUCAGUGCAUCUGUUUUCUCCUUGCUGGGCAUCACCCUGGACCGAUUUCUUUCUCUCCAUAGAGCACUGACCUAUGGUUCUCGCCGCACACACACACAUACCCGCUGUGCCCUGGCUGUGGGCUGGGCGCUGGCAGGUCUGCAGGGGGCUCUACCUGCCUUAGGAUGGAACUGCCUGGACGAUGGAGAAUCUUGCAGCGUUGUUCGGCCACUGACCCGCGUGCACUUGGCCACCCUUUGUGGUGGCUUCCUCCUGGCCCUGGCCCUCAUGCUGCAGCUCAACGCCUGGAUCUGCCAGGUGGUCCUCCGCCACUCACACCAGAUCGCCCUCCAGAGGCACACUUUGCCCUCUGCACGGACACAUGCCCGUCGCCGGGUACACACCCUUGCCUUCAUCCUGGCCACCUUCGCCAGCUGUUGGGUGCCCUUCGCCCUUUACGGCCUUCUCGGUGACGGAUCUUCGCCAGCCCUCUACACGUACGCCACACUGGUGCCGGUCACCGGCAACUCUCUGCUCAACCCUCUGAUCUACGCCUACAGGAACACACACAUUCAGAGGGUGCUGAGGCAAGCCUGCUGCUGCUGCCUGCCAAACACCUCCCACAAGAACACACACACACCCAGCGAUGUCUAACAUCCGACGAACCUCACAUUCCCUUUGAAGAGCACAUAAGAAAAUAUGCCAUAAUGUGCCAAGAUGGAUCACUCUUUAACUCCAUUACUAAUUAACUCAUUAGUCCAUUAACUCACACACGCUCACACACUUAUACAGGCCUACAUACACACUUCCUCGUCAACAAUACUUCACUGUGCCAAUACUAUAUAGCCAAGAUCUCUGCCUAGCUCGUGAUAAAUGAGUCACGUGUUACGUGUGUGUAAUGUACGACUCACAGUCACUCUCAGAAAUGUUUAUAAUGUGUACUGUUUCAGGUUCCUCUUCUGAUCUGAUGGUCUGUUUCUAUGAUAAAAAAACAAUCUGUGUAAUCAUCCUCACUUGUCUUUAACUACCCAGAACAAAAAAAUUAUUAACUGACCUCUACUAUGCCACUGCAGUAGCGUUUCCAUCCAAACAUUAAAUGAAGAUUGAAACAGUUUCCUUAACUGUAUAGUGUUGCUUUAAUUGUCUUCAAUUUGUGCCUGAUACUUAAAAAAAACUCUGACAUUCAGAGAUUAUUGAUGGAAUUAAACAUGAAAAAAAAAAAACAUUUGCACUUUACAACAAUGACUUGACUUUUCAUACAAGUUUUGUUUGAAUGCUAUUAUUGCCAAUUGUGUAGCCCUAUUUAUUUAUUUAUUAUUUAUUUAUAUUUAUUAUUAUUGUGGACUGAAUUACUUGCCAUUUGGUACUUGGUACUAUGACUACUGCAAAAUGAUGGAUGUGUUUUUUAUACUUCAUAAAUGUCCUGUUUGCACAUUUGAGAAAUGAAUGGUGCACCAAACAUUUUCAUGUCUGCGUGAAUGUGUUCUUUUUAAACCAAAUUGUUUUAAAAUGACC